GUUGUUCUUUGGGUUUUAAGGAUUGCAGCUCUCGUUCGACGGAUUUGGUCCUCAAAACCCUAGGUCUCCGUGUUGUGAGGAAACCAGAAACAAUGAGUGACAAAGAGGAGAGGACCUGUCCUUUGUGCAUGGAGGUUAUGGAUCUGACAGAUCAGCAGUUGAAGCCAUGUAAAUGUGGUUAUGAGAUAUGCCUCUGGUGUUUACAUCAUAUAAUGGAAAUGGGAAAGGAUGAUAGCAAGGGAAAGUGUCCUGCAUGCCGUAAUCCCUAUGAUAUGGAGAGGAUUUUUAGAAUGCCAAUCAGUAGUAAACUGCAAGCAGAAUUACAUUCUGAGAAGAAGCUGAAGAUGCGGAAAGAAAAAUUAAAAACAUCAGAACAGCUAAAAGAUCUUGCCAACAUCCGUGUGGUUCAACGUGAUGUUGUUUAUGUUGCUUCAUUACCUGUUAAUAUAGCAAAUGAGCAGACCCUCUGGAAGAAAGAAUUCUUUGGACAAUACGGAAAAAUUCGAAGGAUUUUUAUUUGCCAAGCCACUAAAGCCAUUCAGAAUUGUUCAUCAACCAAAUUGUGCAAUGUAUAUGUUACGUUCUCAAAAGUAGAGGAAGCUGCUCGGUGUAUUCAAGUUGUCAAUGGCUUCAUUCUGGAUGGGAGACCUUUGAAAGCAUGUUUUGGCGCUGCAAGAUACUGUGAAUCAUGGUUAAAGAAGAAGCCCUGUAAAAACCGGAACUGUAUAUAUCUACAUGCUGUGGGUGUACCGGAAGAUACUUGCACAAAAGAUGAGGUGUUCGCAAUAUGUUCCAGUAAACUCCGGCAAUUAGGGAUUGAUAUGGAUUAUCACCCACGACGUUCAGGAAGUCGCUUUCCUCCACCGGUUGAGAACUGUAAACAUAACGUUACAACAUUCAGACCUCUUCCUCAGUCAGCUAUAUAUGGUAAAUGUCAUAAUUCUGAAGGCCUGCAUCCAACUAGUGAUCACAGAUUAUCUGAUUUUCUUCAAGAAUUUCAUUGUGGUCAAGAGGUCACAUUUGGAAGAACAUCAUAUUUGAAUGUUGUUUCACAAGGUCUUCAGAGUGAUUCAAAAAAAUUGGGUAAUUCUUUGUCUUCCAAACAUGAAAAGGUACAAAUAUCAGGACAAUCAUCAUCUAAAGGCCAACUUAACAAGGAGAUGGUUAUGGUGAACAACCACAGACUAGUGUCAGAUAGGUUUCAAGAAAAGAUUACAUCAGAAAAACCAUCUCUCAAGAACGAUUAUUCAGAAACAUCCAUUUUCCAGGAUAUAAAGGCUCAUGUAGAGACAGGCUCAGUGUUGAAAUAUUCUGGGAGCACAACAUCUGCACUUUUUGAGAAUAAUGCUAGGGCGCAGACCUUUGUCCAACAACAAGUUCCUUCAGUUAAGCUUGAAUCCACUAAGCUGCAGUCUAAUUCUCAUGAUUCUGUUGAUUGCUCAGCUGGGAUGAGAUUGGAGAAUGAAAUCUACCAUGAUCAUAUUUUUUGCUUUGUUCCAGUAUCUCCCACUUCCUCUAAACUGGUUACUUCUACAUCAGAAUCUGAAACUUUGGCCAUUAACCAGACCACCAAAACUGCUCCUAUCUUCCAAAAUGUGCCGCUAACUGCUGAUCAGUUUGCAAGGCCUUCAUCUUCAGCAUCUUGGAUCUCAACCACUCAAUUGGAAGCUGAAAAUAAGCUCUCCCUUUUUGAUAUUCAAAAGGUUAAAAAUGAACCUGGUAUUUCAGUACCCUUUUCUUCUGAUUGUGUGAGGAGGUCUCUUAAAGGUGAGCAAGAUAACUUUGAAUUUCAGAGUGAAUCUGUGGGUUGUCAUAGAGAAAUUUCCAAACUUCUGCAAGGUUAUGUUCCAUCUAGGCAUACCAGUUCAAAAGAUCACAUUGGCCUGCAUUCUUUGCAAUGCCAGGAGGAUGUUAACUCCAAAGCAGUUGGUUUCAUAACAUGUGAAUUUGAAGGUUCAGGAGAAGUUGAUGUUACAUCAGAUCUGUUAUCACUAGACCUUGGUCGCAAUGAUAGUAUACUGGACAAUGGUGGCCUGGAAAAAGUAUUUUAUGAUUCUAGUGAUUCAAGGCACCCCUCUGAAAUGUUUAGUCCUGGGAUAUUAAGCAACAACUAUGCUUCGAAGUUUUCUUUUUCAAGGAUAGACACAGCUGAUCACUCGACGAAUGACUUGUGGCAGAAGGAUAAUGCUUACCUGCCGGAUACUUUUGAAGAAAAUUUUAUCUAUAGGAACAAACUUCUUGAUUAUCCUUCGGACUUGGAGAUUGCAAGCGAUUCCUAUCUUCUGCUAAAUUUGCAUGAGUCAGAUUCACUAGCUUCCAAGCAAGGGGAGUAUCAAUUGUUUGGAGUCCCUUCCAAGAAAAUUUCAGUGUCUGCACCUCUUGUUUUCUCCCAACCUGCAACUUAUCAGAAUCAAGCUCAUUGUAUACCUCAGACAUCUGCUACAGUGUUUACUCAAGGAAAUCUUCCACAGCCAGCGAAAAAGCCCAUUGUUUCCAAUUUUGACUCCAAUUUGCUUAGCAGGUCUAAUAAAGAUCAGAAGUUUACGUUUCAAUCAAAAUUAGUAAACUUAAAUCCAGGCUCAGCUGCAGUUGGUGAAAACAACAUAAAGGACACGGCUUCGCAAGAUGCUUUGCUGAAUUAUUGUGGAGCAUGGAGUUCUUGCAGUAUGAGUAGUUUGAUUGCAGCCGAGUCUGUGCUUCUAGUCAGAGGCAGUGAUUCUAAUUUGGAAGGGAUCUCCAGAUCUGAUCAUGCUAAUUCACAUUAUGAUUAUUCAAGACAGUUCCAUGAUCAUGGGGACUACAAUUGUCAGUUACCUGACACUAAUUGUUUCUAUAAUGUAGCAUUGGAGCAGAUUUGGUGUAUGCAUGAUAGAUCUUAAUCUAGCAUUCACAUGAUUGACAGCUCACUUUUUAGUUGCUAUUAUGUUCAGUGGAUAUGUGGGUAAACGUUGUCACAGUGGAAUAUCCGCCCGUGCAGUUUAUAUAAUCCUGAGGCAGCUUAACACUCUAUGAGUCUAUUUGCAGAUUUUACCAGGUAUACAAGUUGUGGAAGCUCUGAUUGAGAUGACCCAGAGUGUCUGGUUUGGUGUACUCAAGGCCAGAGCAAUAAUUUCUCAAAGCUUUCAUUUUUCACAUGUAUCAUCACAUGUCUCUCAAAACAUACAAAGCCACAGAAUGCUUAUUUCCAUGUGCAACUAUGUCUAGGACAAAUCUGUGCCAGUCAUUAAAACGACAAAAAGAAAAUACUAGUUUUACUUACCAGUUUCAGGAUUUACUUUCAGGAUUUUUGUGCAUGCCUCCCUGAAAUCUACAGUUUUUGCCUAAGCCUCCCAGCUUUCAGGGAGGUGAAUGCCCCUACAUGUCAUAAGUUCAAUCCUGAUGGCCUUGAACGUGACGUUUUUGUGGACAUAACGUAAACUGUGUGGUUUGCUUGUUGGAUCUGUUAUGAAUUUGGGUCCACUUUAUUUUCCUCUUGUAGAGCUCGUUAUAAAUAUGUUAAAACGGAA